AUGAAAGAAUACCAACGUGAAUUCAUUGAGUUUGCCUUACAGAACAAUGUGCUCAAAUUCGGUCAAUUCACUUUGAAAUCCGGUCGUGUCUCACCCUACUUUUUCAAUGCCGGUUUGUUCAACAGUGGCAAGACUCUUGGUGCGAUUGGUCGCUUCUACGCUGCUGCUUUGGUUGAUGCCGGCUUCACAUACGAUGUUCUUUUCGGCCCUGCAUACAAGGGCAUUCCUUUGGUGUGCGCCACUGCUCUCGCGUUGACGAACGAACAUAAGCAAGAAGCACCUUUCGCUUUCAACCGCAAGGAAAAGAAGUAUCACGGUGAAGGUGGCGAUAUUGUCGGUACACCUUUGAGCGGUAAAAUUGUCGUGGUAGAUGACGUGAUCACAGCUGGCACUGCGAUCAACGAAUCGAUCGGUAUCAUUAAGGCAAACAACGCCGAGUUGGCCGGCGUUCUUGUGGCCGUGGACCGUGCUGAAGUCGCACCCGAUGGCUCUGGCAAGUCGGCCAUCCAGGCUGUCCAGGAAAAGAACGGUGUCCCCGUCCGCGCUAUCAUCACCAUGGAUCACAUUAUGGAGUUUAUGGAGGAGAAGGGUACUUAUGGCGAGCAAUUGACUCUUAUGCGCGAGUACAAGGCCCAGUACGGCAUCAAGCAAUAA